UAUUGCUUGAUCUUAUGAUCAUCAUUAAGAUUUUUCAUUUCAUGCCUACCAAUAACCAGUCACUCCUUGUACCAAAAACAAGAACUUAGUUCUAAUUUCAAUAAAACAAUCUUUCAGUACAUUUCAUUCAUACAACAGUUAAAACCACAAAAACCCUGCUUGGGGGGUUUUCCUGCGUGAUUCAUUUGGCCCUUAAAAGUACAAAAAAUGGCUGCUUCGUAUGCAAAAGUUAUAAUUGGAAGGAUGCAAACGACUCCACAAAACAUCUCAUAUGUACUCGCAUAUCCGUUAUCGUCAAGAUUUCAAUGGCUUCUAAAAUCCCGUGAUUACAGCACAGCAGCAGCAGAAGAAUCGAGAAUAGACAGGAACAAUAAUUCGGACGUUAUAUACACCCCACCCUCUGCACUUGGCGAAUCAUUUGCUACCGUGCCCAUCACUUCAGCUAGUGGAUCCAUCAUAGGCAAAAGGUUUUACAAAAAAGCCACAAUAAGGGAAGCAGAAGAUGGAAAUGGAUGGAAUGUAAUGUUGGAUUAUCGGACACUCAGGACGCCCUCUAAGAGGCCUCUCAAGUUGCCCACAUUGGCCUUGGCUAGUGCUAUCGCUGCCGAAUGGGAAUAUCAGCUAAAAGAUGGAAUAAGGCCUUUCACAAUGCCACUGAUGAGGCUAUCCUGUACAGCACUGGAAAGGGUUCCACUGACUCGUGACAAGAUAGUUCAAAAGUUGCUGAAUCGCUUUCACACAGAUCUUGUUUUCUGCCGUCCUCCUGAGGACAAUGUUUUGACCAGUGAUGUUCAUGUUGUGCAUGUCCAAUUGAUGGAUCCUUUACUUGAUUGGAUGGAGUCACAGCUGGGAAGCAGGCCUGUCAUCUAUACAAGUAUUUUUGCUGGUAGGCAACCAAAAGAAGUGGUUGAUGCAGUGGGACAUCUUCUUAAGAAAACAAGUAACUGGGAAUUGGCCGCUAUAGAUUCACUUGCAGCAUCUGCAAAUUCUUUAUCAAUAGCUAUGGCUUUGCUUCAUGGUAGGCUUGGAGUUGAAGAAGCUAUGAAGCUGAGUCGACUAGAGGAAGAUCUGCAGAUUGCUAAAUGUGGUCUUGUUGAAGGAGGUCACGACAUUGACAUGGCAGAUUUGCGUGUACAGAUUUCUUCUCCUAUUGUACUUGUGGAUCUUGUGCAAAACUGACAUGUUUAGUAAUUUCCUGUAUCGUAUAUGUAAUGCCUUCCCAAGUUCCAGGAACACUUCUAGGUUGAGUUUCAUGGAAGAUAAUGCUAGUUAUUCAUGACUCUUGGCAAUUGCACAAAGAUGAAGUUUCUGCUUCUGGGUUGCAAGAGGUGCAAUUUAAAAAAAUACUAAUGGCCAUGAUGUAAUAACUAUUUGCUUUUUUGUACGACAUAUUCAUUGUUUUAAUAGGAUAGCAUUUCAAAUUGCAGUUUUCUAAUCUUACAUUGAAUGACAUUUCUUUUUGCCCUCUUUUUGAGUACCAUAGCUAUUGACAUGCAAGGUUGCCUUUUACCUCGAUGUAAUAAGAAUCGAUUGAGCAAACUUCAUUGGGCAUUUUUAUGAUCCAAGUGGAGUUAUGGCAUUUGCUUUGAGUUGUGGUGCUACUUGUGGGAUUUGGCUCAUACGAAUUUUACAAAUAACAAUUCCUUAGUUUGCUAAUGUGAACUAUUGAAGCAGAUUGAUUUUA